CAGGAAUGUAGAAGCUGGAAUGAUUCAGAUUCUUUGGUGUUUGAUGAAUAUCAAUGUAGACAUUUAGACCAAUGGCUGGAGAGCUCUACAACACCAGAAUAUUCUAGGCCUCUUUCUAGUUGCACCGACUGGGAAGGUAGAAUUGAAGAAGGCGAAACAAUGAGGACAUCAAAUAGAAAAAUGACAAAUUCUGUUUCAAGUGAUUGUGCUAAUCCAGCUGAAAGGGAAACAGAUGAAGUGGUUCUGAGGAGAAGACAAAAACAGAUCAAUUUUGGAAAGAAUACCCUUGCAUAUGACAGAUAUAUUAAAGAAGUUCCCAAGAAUCAGCGAAUACCAGGAGUUCAUCCUAGAACUCCCAACAAAUUUAAGAAGUACAGCCGUAGAUCCUGGGACCAGCAGAUCAGGCUGUGGAAGAUAGCACUGCAUGCCUGGGAUCCUCCUACUGAAGAAACCUGGGAUUUGCAGCCAGUUUCCUGUUCUCCUGAUUCUUCUCCGGUAUGGAAACGCAGAAAACGAAACAAUUCUGACUCCUCUGUGGUUUCGAAGAGCAAAAACCAUUACAUGCAUAUGUACCACACGCUGGAAAGUCUUACUGAAUCUGGACGUCAGGAGGCUUUUUCGAAGUGCUCCGAGUGGGAAGCCUUUGGUGAAAAUGAUGAAGUAAUGACAGUACAACAUGGUAUAGAAAUAAA